AUGGCAGAUAGCAAAAACCCCACAUCAAAUGGUAUUUGCAAUGAAAGCAAUCAAGAGUCAUGCUCGUAUGAGCCUAUCGCCAUCAUAGGCAUGGGCAUGAGACUCCCAGGACGCGUGUAUAACGCUACCGACUACUGGGACCUCCUCGUCAACGGCAGAAGCGGACGUUGUCGAGUCCCAAAGAGUCGUUACAACAUCGAUACCUGGUAUGGUCGUGGGAAGGCGGCUCACGUGCCUAGUGAGUUUGGCUAUUUCCUCGAUGACAUCAAUCUGGCACAUGUAGAUCCUAGCUUCUGGUCUUUCACCAAACAGGAGGCUGAACUCAUGGAUCCUCGGCAACGUCUGUUCCUCGAAGUUGCCUAUGAAGCCCUUGAGAACUCAGGAUCGACGAGUUGGAGGGGAAGCGAUGUCGGGGUUUACGUUGGAACCAUGGGAGAAGACUGGAGUCAGCUUGAGUCUCGUGACGGCCAAAGCCUCCAACAAGUCCGCCCUGAUGUGUACGGAGACUACAUCAUUGCCAACCGAGCCUCUUAUGAAUUUGAUCUUACAGGACCGAGCGUCGUUGUACGGACUGCAUGUUCCGCUUCUCUUGUUGCACUGCAUCAGGCAUGCCAAGACCUCCACAGCGGAGACUGCUCGUCUGCCAUAGUUGGGGGCGUCAACCUUAUUCUCAGUCCCAAGGACACCGUAGUAAUGCAGCAGAACGGAGUUCUGUCUCCAUCAGCAGCAUGUAAAAGCUUUGACGCCGAAGCCGAUGGAUUCGCACGCGGUGAAGGUGUCUCGGCCAUUUUCAUCAAGAAGGUGUCAGAUGCAGUGCGCGAUGGAGAUCCUAUCAGGGCGGUGAUUCGGUCAACCUGCACUGCCGGAAAUGGCAGAACACCAGGAUUGACAUCGCCCAACCCUGAAAUUCACGAAAAACUCAUGAGGAGGGGGCACAAGAUGGCUGGAAUUACUGACCUGUCCAAGACUGCGAUGGUAGAAUGCCACGGAACUGGCACUUAUAUCGGAGAUCCUUUGGAAGUUAGUGCAGUGGCCAAUAUUUGGGGCAAUCAUGGUAUUUAUAUCGGCUCAGUCAAGCCAAACAUCGGUCAUGGCGAAGGGGCUUCUGGAUUGUCCAGCGUGAUCAAGAUGGUUCUGGCGUUGGAGAAUUCCACAAUACCACCAAACAUCAACUUCAAAACUCCUAAUCCUCGAAUUCCGUGGAAAAGUGCCAAACUUCAAGUUCCCACAGAGCCUACACCCUGGCCAACUGACAGAGAGGAGAGAGUUUCAAUCAACAGCUUCGGCAUCGGCGGGUCUAACGCUCACGUUUUGCUAGAGUCUGCCUCUUGCUUUGGCCUAUCAUCAUCCACCCUCACGAACGGCUUGAACUCAAGGCCCAGAGUUCCAAGACACCAACUCCUGACACUUUCUGCCAAACAUCCCGAUUCAGUCAAUGAAUUGAGCCAGAAGAUUGAGGGAUACUUGAUUCGCAACCCUGAAAGCUUAGUUGACGUCGCAUACUCGUUUGCAUCUCAUCGAGAGACUCACCCAUACCGAGCUUUCUGUGUGACUGAUGGCAAUAGUCCCUUUCAGGUUUCGUCGAUUGUCAAUUCAAGAAAGGCAACACCAGAUAUAGUCUGGGUCUUCACGGGCCAAGGAGCUCAGUGGGCUCAAAUGGGCAAAGAGCUUCUAGACCAAGAGGGGUUGUUCAGAGACACAAUCGAUGCCAUGGAUGGAGUCCUUGCAGGUCUUCCUGAUCCUCCGCCGUGGACAAUGCGAGAAUUACUUUCAGCUCCGAAUGAAGAGAGCCGUCUCCAAGAAGCAGAGUUUUCGCAACCUUGCUUAGUUGCGAUUCAAGUUGCACUCGUCGACUUGCUGCACUCAUGGGGUGUUUCUCCGACCGCAGUAGUGGGACAUUCUUCGGGCGAGACGGCUGCUGCAUAUGCGGCUGGUGCAAUCACAGCUAAGGAGGCUAUAUUGAUUGCUUAUCAUCGCGGUCAGAUCACUCGUCUCAUUAAAGCCGCACACAGUGGCAGCAUGGCAGCAGUCGGGCUCGGCAGAAGGCAGAUUGAACGGUUCCUUCGCCCGGGUGUCAUCAUUGGUUGUGACAACUCUCCGUCAAAUGUCACUAUUUCAGGUGAAAGCGAUGUUCUAGGGGACAUUCUUCAGGACAUCAACUCUAAGCGCCCGGAUGUUCUCGCUCGAAGGCUCUGUGUCGAGUGCGGAUACCACUCUCAUCACAUGAAGACAGCUGCCGAUGACUUUAUAUACCGUCUGGAGGGAUUACUUCAAGAAAAGGAGCCGCGGAUUCCGUUCUACUCGUCUGUGACAGGAUAUAAGAACACAGACAUGUCUCACAACUAUUGGGUCCGCAAUGUCAUCUCGCCCGUUCUGUUCAACACAGCGGUACAAAGAGUCCUAGAUGAUUUUAAAUCUCCCAUUUUCAUCGAGCUUGGCCCGCACUCUGCCCUUGCUGGGCCUCUUCGUCAAAUCCUACACUUCAAAAAUAUGUCUGCCCAGUACAUACCGACACUAGUACGCAAUCAGAAGGCCGUUUCAGCUGUUCUGAAGACUGCAGGAGAGCUUUGGUUGGCCAAUAUCAACAUUGACAUUGCUGCAGUCAACACACCGGGACAUUUCUUAACGAAUCUUCCAACAUAUUCAUGGCACUACGAUGAAGAGUAUUGGAAAGAGGGCAGACUUUCUCGCAGUUGGCGCUUUAGAAACUUUGAUCAUCAUGAACUUCUCGGCUCUCGCGUCGAAGAGACCUCUGAUGCCUGCCCCGCGUGGAGAUGUAUUCUACGACUUGAAGACGUUCCAUGGCUACAAGAACACGUCAUUCGGGACAGCAUCACAUUUCCUGCUUCUGGCUUUAUUUCGAUGAUUGGAGAGGCCCUGAGUCAACUUAAAAGAUCUGUGGACUUUACAUUGGAAGCUGUAGCCCUAGAAGCGGCGUUGAUUCUCAAUGACAAGCCAGUCGAGCUUGUGACGGUACUCAAUCCGACAAGGUUGAGAAAGUCAAAUAAGAAGAUCGUUUACGAUUUCUCCAUUUCUUCACUUGCAGAAGGAAGCGAAGUCUGGGUCAGCCAUGUCUUUGGUCAGUGCAGACCUGGCUCAGAUCGGAAGCAUGUUGUCCCUGACAUGCCUGUCCUGCCGCGCAAAGCUUCAGCAACUUCAUUCUACAACACUUGGAAGAGACAUGGCCUGAACUACGGCCCCAACUUUCGCGGUCUAUCUGAUGUCAGUUCCCACGUCCAUGAGGCCAAGGCUUAUGCAACACUGGAUGGCAAACUUGCAGAUUACACCAAUUCGGCCUAUCCAAUUCAUCCGGCCACUCUUGAUACGAGCAUGCAUGUGGCAAUGAUAUCCGAGUGCCACGGUCUGGAGCGAAACUUUCGGGGCCUGAUUGUGCCCACUUACCUUCGAGAGGUGUACGUUGCUCGACCAACUGGACAAAUCAAUGUUUUUGCUAGUGCCGGCAACAAGACUAACGAAACUGCCACGAGUAACAUUAUUGGAGUUUCCGACGGACAAGUCGUGAUCGAGAUCUCUGGUCUGGAAGUCAGCCCCCUGGGUGGAGGCGAUGAAAGAGCAGACGAUUCCCAUGCAGGCGUCAUUUUGAAAUGGAUGCCAGACACCAACUUCACCAAACCCACUCAACUGUUUCGCCGUCGAGAAAUGGAUCCCAUUUUCAACGUAUUGAACGAACUGGUCUUGUCCUGCACCGUUGAUCUCAGAACUCAGCUCCAAUUUCUCCCUGCCACGCAACCGCAUCUUGUGAACUACAAGAGCUGGCUUGACGCAUCGUAUCGCGAGGCUGUGACUGGGCAGUACGCAGAAGUUCUCAACGCUUUUGAUAUUGCCACGAUGAGCCACAAAACAAGACUGGAGGCUAUCGGGAAAUUGACUGAGUCUUGCAAACGAACUGCCGCCUUGGACGCUUCUGUGUCGAUCUUUCGCGUACAUACCUACGGCGCAGAUUGCUUUUCUGGGUUACCUCAUGCGAUUAAGCCCCUCACUCAAACCGGUCAUUUUGAUGCAGCUGCCAAUCUCAUAGCUGAUGUGGACUUCACCGACUUUGUCAGACUUCUAGGGCACAAGAACCCAGGUAUGAGAGUUUUGCAUAUUGGCGCAAGAGAGAGCGACGAUUCGCUGUUGAAAUCUUUGUCUUCCGAGGACAGCAAUCACCCAUAUGGAAGUUACGUGUAUACCGGUACUUCCUCAAAGCCGUCAAAGUCUUUGGAGAAGUGUUUCGAGUCAGCACCAGCUGUUACCUACAAGCAGUUGGUGAUUGACAUAGACCCGUCAUCACAAGGCUUCGCAGAAGAAUCUUUCGAUCUCAUCAUCUCCGAGCCUACACUAUUCUCUUUCUCAAGCGUUUCCAUCAUGAAUAUGAGAAGGCUACUAAGUCCGCGAGGUCACUUGAUUCUCCAACAUGCGAACCCCGACUCCAGGUUCCUCCGAUUCACAUACGGGCUAUCUGACAACUUCAAGUUCGGCUCCGGGUCCCUGGGUAAAUCUGAUUUUCUGUUGGACCAGUUGAAUCGCGCUGGCUUCGACAAUGCCUCAACCUUAAGCUUUACAGGAGAGCAUGGUAGGAUCACUGUCGCCAAACUAUUUGUCGACUUCUCAAAGAUGAGCAGGGCCAGCAUCAUCUGUCAAGACUCUAGUCAUUAUCUGGUAGUCGAGGCAACAAGGGUAUUAGAAUCUCGCAGUAUUUCCCCGCAGUUCUUUUCUCUUGGGCAGGAUCUACCCCGUAGGCAGGCUGUUGUGUGUUUACUGGAUCUCGAAUCUCCCUUUCUUCAUGACAUGGACGGCACCCAGUGGGAAAACCUCAAGAAGUCUUUGUCUUCGGCGCAGGAUGAGAAGUUGCUUUGGGUCACCGGAGCCUCUCAGAUACACUGCAAAGACCCUAGGUACUCUCUGACAUUAGGUGUCACUCGCAGCAUCCGGAGAGAAUUGUCGACUGACUUGGUAACCCUUGAGCUGGAAUCUUACGACACCAGCGGAUGGAACGCCAUGGCCAGCAUCUUCGAGUCUCUUGGCGAUCGCAGCAUUACUGACGGCUCUAAGUCAGAUUCUGAGUAUGUUUUCUCCGGCGGGUCCAUUCAAAUCUGUCGGUUUCACUCUGUCAAGGUCUUCGACGACCUAAGAGAGCGAUGCGAGUAUGCACCUAAGGUUUUGAAGAUGAAGAAACCCGGAGUAUUGCAAUCUUUGACGUGGGAAGAGUCGGAAGCUGCGCUUCUGAGCGAAGAUCAUGUGGAAGUAUCAGUGAAAGCUGUUGGUCUCAACGCAGAGGACUCAAAGUUUUCAUCAGGGCUUUUACCAAGCAGCGACAGCGGUGAAUUUGGCACUGAAGGCAGUGGUGUUGUGACAGCUGUCGGGCCAAAGGCCUAUCGAUUCCGAGUGGGUGAUCGUGUUGCCUUCAGCUCCGGAGGCUCCUUAACUACCUCAAUUGUCAUCCCCGAGACACUUUGCGCAGUAAUCCCACACGCAAUGACCUUUGAAGAGGCUGCUUCAUAUCCCUACUCCUAUAGCACUGUUCUACAUGGACUUAUGGAGCUUGGCAGGUUGAGAAAGGACCAGACUCUUCUGAUCCACUCAACUCCAGGUGCUCUCGGCCUGGCUGCUAUUCAAAUCGCAAGAAUGGUUGGCGCAGAGAUCUUCUGCGCGACGGGGAAUCCAACACAAGCCCGAUAUCUGCAGAAGUCAUACGGCAUUCCGAACAACCGUAUCUUCAGCUCCGACGACACCUCAUUUUUGUCUGAUAUCUUGCACCAGACGAAUAGCCGUGGGGUGGACAUCGUCUUCAGCACGCAUCCUGAUUCGAUGCAAGAGACUUGGGCGUGUCUCAGGCCGUUUGGAACGAUGGUACAAGUCCGACAUGGCGGUGGUAGAACAGCGGAGACUCUGAAGAAUUGUCGCAACCGAACUUUGGUGAAUAUUGACCUCGAAGAACUGAGAUUUUAUCAACCAGAGGAGUGCACUCGUCUUCUGGAGCAGGCAUUCUUGUUCCACAAAUUUGGACUCAAUCAGCCAUCGCAGCCCAUCACAGUCUUUCCUGCCUCCGAUGCACUUUCGGCUUUCAAGUAUUUGCGAGGUGGAGGACGGAUCGGCCAGGUUGUUGUCAAGAUGCCCGGCAGCAAUACAGAGCUCCAAGCUUCACCCAAACGACAAAUCAUGGCUCUCCGCUCGGACAGAACCUAUGUCAUAGUAGGCGGUCUGGGAGGGUUAGGUCAAGCCACGGGCAGAUUUCUCGUCGAAAAGGGGGCUCGUCAUUUGAUAUUCUUUUCCAGAUCUGCCAAGGAGUUCGCCAAAUCAGCAUAUUUCAGGGAGCUUGAAUUUCUAGGAUGCACAGUUCAAGCCAUCUCUGGUAGCGUCAACGAGAUGACGGAUGUGGUGAGGAUGGUCGACUCAGCAAAUACUCCAAUCGCUGGUGUUUUACACGCUGCAAUGGUACUCCAGGAUGUUCACUUUGCCGACAUGACUUUUGAGCAAUGGCAGAAUACUGUCUCCCCAAAAGUACAAGGAACUUGGAACCUCCACUACGCACUACAGGCACAAAGAGACCCGCUUGACUUCUUUUUCCUCUUUAGUUCUCUUUCAGGCUUGGGUGGACAGAUUGGCCAGGCCAACUACGCUGCAGGAAACGCAUUUCUUGAUGCCUUCGUUCAGUACAGACACUCUCAGGGCCUAGCAUGCUCUGUACUCGAUAUUGGCAUCAUGGAAGACAUUGGUAUUCUUGCGAGGGAAACGAAUCGCUUAGAAGCUCUUCGCUCAACCUCUCAACAUUGUCUUCAUGAGCAGGAUCUCCUUGAUGCAAUGGAGUUGAUGAUCAAGAGAUCUCACGCAAAUAAGGGAAUUCUUACGCAUCCCGCGUUACUUCCGAUGGUAAGCUACUCGAACCCGAGUCAGCUUGCCAUUGGAAUGCGGUCUUCGUCUUCGGUAAACAGAACCGGCUGGCAACAAGAUCCACGCGCCGGAUUUCUAGCAAUGAAUGGGCCUGUGGAGAGACAUAUCGAUCAGCUUAAGUCAGAAUGUACUCUGAAAGAUUAUCUUCAAAGCUGUAUGUUGGAUCCUGCGAGAUUAGAAUCUGAAGAGGCGAAAAAUUUCCUGGCUGCGGAGAUUGGCGCCGCGUUGCGGGGUUUCAUGAUGCGACAGGAUGAGGAAGUCGACCUGACACGGCCGCUGCAAACAGACUCCUUGGUGACGGUAGAGCUUCGGAACUGGCUGCGACAAAAAGUUGGAGUCACACUUAAUGUUCUUGAGAUGAAGAGUGCAACAAGUGUUAUCGCGCUGGGCGGUUUGGUUGCAGUGAAGCUUUCGGCCGUGUACAGGAAUCAUGUGAAAGACGUUGGUAUCAUUUGA